AUGAAAAGUAGUUACUGUAAUUUGGAAGCUAUGGAGAAGUUGCCACUCGAUGUCGAUGGUACAACUGUUGACGUAAAAAAUAGUAUAUUUAUCGGUGCGUCGUUUAUUGGACUUUCAAGCGGUGCAAUGAAUGGGCUAGGUGGAAUGAAUUUUUUACAGUACCUGCUGCCGCGUCGGAAAGAAAAUGUUCUUAAUUUUAUACUUCUUAUGAUUUUGGUUGGCCUGUUUAUUUAUUUUUAUCCGUACAACACGUUUCACUACCAGAUGCCUCCACAGGAAGGUAUAACUUGGCCUCUCCCAGAUCCUCCACGGAUGGACCAUGUUAGACCUGACUACUCAAAACAGAGGGAAGGGCCGGGAGAAAAUGGUAACGGCGUUUUUCUUGAAGGGGAGGAAAAAGUAAAAGGUGAAGAAGAUAUGAAAAAAUGGUUUAUGAAUGUGGUCGCUAGUGACAAGAUUUCGCUAGAUCGUAGUCUGCCAGAUUCUCGUUUUCCUGAGUGCAAAGCUAUACACUAUCCUUUGGAUUUGCCAACUGCUUCUGUAGUAAUCAUUUUUACUGACGAGGCUUGGACACCUUUAAUGCGUACUGUACAUUCGGUGAUAAACCGAUCGCCUCCUCUACUUCUUCAAGAAGUAAUACUGUUGGAUGAUAACAGUCAACGAGAAGAACUGAAAGGAAAGUUAGAUGAUUAUAUUAAGCGCUUUGGUGGUGUUGUUAAAGUUAUAAGAAAAACGGUGAGACAUGGUUUGAUCAGGGCAAAAAUUGCCGGCGCUGAAGCAGCGAAAGGAGACGUCGUUGUUUUCUUAGAUUCUCAUUGUGAAGCGAAUGAAGGAUGGUUAGAGCCGCUGUUAGCAAGGAUCAAAGAGGAACGUACGGCUGUUUUGUGCCCCGUGAUUGAUCAUAUAUCAGCUGAAACCAUGAGCUAUUCCGGAAGUGCAGGAGUUUCGUCUGUUGGUGGGUUUUGGUGGAGUUUGCACUUUACUUGGGACCCUGUGAGCAUUGCUGAAAAGAAAAGAAGGAAAACAAAAACAGAACCUGUUAGGUUAUUUAGGUCUCCAACGAUGGCUGGUGGUCUCUUAGCGGUUGAUAGGAAAUAUUUUUUUGAUAUUGGAGCUUAUGAUCCUGGUAUGGAUAUCUGGGGUGGUGAAAACCUUGAACUUUCAUUUAGGGUUUGGAUGUGUGGAGGAAGCGUAGAAUUUAUUCCGUGUUCUCAUGUUGGUCACAUUUUCCGAGCUGGACAUCCUUAUAAUAUGACCGGCCCAGGUGGUAAUAAAGACGUUCAUGGGACGAACUCUAAAAGGUUGGCAGAAGUCUGGAUGGAUGAUUAUAAACGACUGUAUUAUUUACAUAGGCCUGACUUGAAGGUUGAUUUUCAAAGUCAGAAGUUUCACUUCUGCAUUUGUGCUUUACAGAAGAAAAAAGUUGGUGAUUAUUCAAAACGAGUGGCCUUAAGAAAAAAGUUAAAUUGCAAAAGUUUCAAAUGGUAUUUAGACACGAUCAUUCCUGACAAGUUUGUCCCGGAUGAGAACGUACUGGGCUUUGGAGCACUUAGGAAUAAGAAAUCUGGUCUGUGCUUGGAUACUUUGCAAAGGGACGAGAAGUCAACUAUAAAUCUUGGCGUGUUCAGCUGUCAGAGUGGCGGGAGCUCAUCACAGGUCUUUUCGCUAACUAAAACUGGACAAUUAAGACGUGAAACGACAUGUGCAACUGUCUUACCUGCUCGUGAGGCUGGAAGCAAGGGAGCGGUACGGAUGCCUCCUUGUUUUUCUAGCAAAGACAAGUGGACUUUUGAGAAGGGGCUGCUGAAACAUGUAGGCACAAACUUGUGUUUGGACGUCAAAGACUUGAAAAGUGGCGAUGAUAUUCUUGCACGGAGUUGCAGUGUCAGUGUUGACUCACAGUUAUGGGAGUUUCAUAAAUACUGA